GCGAGGAUGAGCUCCUUCCUCGAGUACCCCGUCCUCGGCGGCGAGGCGGGGGGCUGCGCCGCCCGCGCCUACCACCCCGACCACGGGAUUACAACUUUCCAGCCCUGCGCCGUCAGCGCCGGCAGCUGCAGCGGGGAGGACCGCUUCCUCGCGGGCCGCGGGGUGCCCAUCAGCCCCCACCGCCACCACCACCACCACCCCCCGGCCCAGCCCGCCGCCUACCAGCACCACGGCGGCCUGGGGGUGUCCUACGCGCACCCGGGCUGCGGCCCGACCUACGGCGCGCAGGGCUUCGGACCGGCGUACGGCCCCUACCCCCUCGGGCAGGACGCGGAGCUGGGGGGCGGCUUCCCCCCCUGCGCCCCCGCCGUGUACUCGGGGAGCAUCUCCUCCUCCGCCGCCGCCCAGCACCCGCACCCGCACCAGGGCUACGCCGGGGGUCCCGCUCAGUACGCGCCUCCCCCCUACGGGCAGGAGCAGCAGAGCCUGCCCCUGGGCACUUACAACCAUGCCCUGUCUCCCCUCCACGCCGGCCACCGGGAAAACGCCCGCUCCCCCUCCGCCGAGACCUCGCCGCCGGCGCAAACCUUCGACUGGAUGAAAGUGAAAAGAAACCCACCCAAAACAGGCAAGGCUGGCGAGUACGGCUUCGUGGGGCAGCCCAACACCGUCAGAACUAACUUCACCACCAAGCAGCUCACCGAGCUGGAGAAGGAGUUUCACUUCAACAAGUACCUGACCAGGGCCAGGCGGGUGGAAAUCGCCGCCUCCCUCCAGCUCAACGAGACGCAGGUGAAGAUCUGGUUCCAGAACCGGCGGAUGAAGCAAAAGAAACGGGAGAAAGAGGGGCUGCUGCCCAUCUCCCCCGCCACCCCCACGGGCUGCGAGGAGAAGGCGGAGGACUCCUCGGAGAAGUCCUGCUCGUCGCCCUGCAGCGCCUCGCCCGCCUCCUCCGCCUCGGACACGCUCGCUGCCUCCAACUGA